AUGCUCAUAUCAUUACAGAAUGAACAUUUCUGUUUCAACGGCAAGUGUCAAUAUAGAGACCGGCAAUGUGGGGAGUUGUGGUUCGACGAGAACAUUCUGUCUGCCGGCAAGAUGUGCUACCUGCGAAACUCACUCUUCAGCAACAACUGUUACAACUGCGAUUACGAUGCCCCGACUAAGAAAACCUUCUCCUGCUUACGCAAGGACAUGUACUGCGGACGAUUAUUGUGCGCUCUUAACCAAUCCAGUCAACUAAGUAAAUUUAGUUUCACAAAGACUGGCUUAUCCUGCGUUUGCCCAAAAUUUAAGCUAAGAAAAGGGAGUGAACAUUUGUCGUACGUCAGAGAUGGUACAAAGUGCGAAGAAAAUAAGGCAGGCAGGCAGGCAGGCAGGCAGGCAGGCAGGCAGGCAGGCAGGCAGGCAGGCAGGCAGGCAGGCAGGCAGGCAGGCAGGCAGGCAGGCAGGCAGGCAGGCAGGCAGGCAGGCAGGCAGGCAGGCAGGCAGGCAGGCAGGCAGGCAGGCAGGCAGGCAGGCAGGCAGGCAGGCAGGCAGGCAGGCAGGCAGGCAGGCAGGCAGGCAGGCAGGCAGGCAGGCAGGCAGGCAGGCAGGCAGGCAGGCAGGCAGGCAGGCAGGCAGGCAGGCAGGCAGGCAGGCAGGCAGGCAGGCAGGCAGGCAGGCAGGCAGGCAGGCAGGCAGGCAGGCAGACAGACAGAUAGAUAG